AUGGAUAUGCAAUGGGCAAAACACUUCGAGCCAAGAUUCUACCAAAAAUCUGAAGCCGAAGUUUUUGAUCCAGAAACUGAUGAAUUAGUAUUGACAACAUCAGUCGGAUACAGCGAACAAGGCAUGAAAGAUUUAGAUGAGAUUGGAGAUUUGGUCGGUGGUGGAGAUUCAGAAAUGUUAAGUUUAUUACGACCAUAUUAUUCGAUGGUUGAAAUGGGUGCUAAUGGCAAUCGUCAGGCAAUCGGAUCUUACAUGCAUGUUUUACCUGACGAAGACUAUGGCGACAAGCCUAUCUAUAGUAUUGGCGCAUCAUUAAGUGGUGGUAUUGAACCCGCUGGCUAUAAGCAAGGAUAUAUCUCACGACCUUUUGGAAAAUGA